UUCAUCUCCUUUUCUUUAGCUCUUUACCUCCUUUUUGUUUUGUUUUGUUUUGUUGUUUGUGUUUUUUCCCGGGCUGCUUUUAAAGAGCCCGGGUUCGGAUUGCAGUGGGAUCAGGGGCGUGUUUACUUUCCCCCUCCGAACGUAGACCACACAGGUUGCGUCGGUGGAAUAAUUAGAGACGGCGAGCGCAGGAAGGUAAAUCCUUCACCAAGGAAUUCUGGGACGGCGUGUAGAUGUACUCCGGCUUUUGUUUUACCCAAAACACCUUUUUUACGAGGUUUAAGUAGUGCUCCGGGGGGGGCGGGGGGAAGGAGGGGGCGUGUCCCAUUCCCAUAUUUUGCAGAUGUAAUCGGUCCGUACUCCUCGUGAUAAUCCUGAUGUGAAGUGUUUUUUUUUUUUUUUUGCCGUGGAGUCGUUACAGUAUCGUCGCGGUCUGAUCCGAGUCCCGUGAUGCGGGCUUAAAUUAGACGGGUUUUAUCAUGUGAUCAGACCGCCGUGAAGUGAAGGCAGUUGUAGUUUUAAUUCCAAGACUUGUAAGACUGGUUUUCGCACAUUCUUGAAAUUAGACUGACUUUGUUCGUUCGUUUGUUUGUUUGUUUGUUUUGUUUGUUGAUUUUCCUUCAAUUUGUCACCCGUGACUGGAUGUCUGUCGUUUUUUUAAAACCAGUUAUUAACAUUUCCUUCAACUUCAACAUCGUGUUAUUGGAUUAUUUAUUCCUUUAGCGUGAAGCUAAUACGUACAGACGCUCAUCUGGAGGCGUGGGGUUUUCAGUCCCGCUCCUCCACCUUUAACACUAAACGCGCAGCUCGUCAGACGUCCCUCUGAUGUUCCGACCUCCGAGCCACGGAGAGGUCGAAGGUCACGGCAGUGAGGUCGCCGGUGUUAAUGCACGGGAUGGCGAUCGCGCCCUCGAGCACCCGGACGAGAUUCGACUCGCCGGACGCAAAUCGCGGCCAUCUGGACACGGAAAAGCCGAGGAACGCCGGAGCAGUGCCGCGGGGGGGGGCGUCGCCGUUUAGCACGCGUCACGCCUCCUUUUUAUCCCUACGCCUCCGCCCUUCGAUUCUCAAGUGUCGUCGGAGCGUCUAGCCGCGGUCAAUAACGCUAAAACACGAGCGCCGUUCAGAAAACGUACAGGAUCCCGUGAAUUCUAUUUUAAAAUGAAAUCGAUUUUCGCAGGUUUAUUUUUUCCUGCGGCUUUUUCCAAACUCGCAGAGGUUUUCAUUUUAUUUAUUUAUUUGUUUGUUUAUUUAUUUAUCGCUUUUUUGCAGAAAACUACUCGUAUUGCCUUUCAAAAGCCUUUCGCAGCGAGUGAUGUUUGUUGGUGAACGAGACCUUUUAGUUGUGGUCGUGUCGGAAGCGCGCGAAUCGACGUGGGCUUCGGUCAAACGCACGUCGUGACAUCACGUGACACGUCUGCGGCCGUUUUGAAAGCUUGAAAAGAAAACAAGUUUUCUUUAAAAAAAAAAAAAAAAAAAAAAAAGGAAUAUAAAGAUCAAAUCUCCUAGGUGUUCUUUCUUGGAAGGAUUUAUUUAUUUAUUUAUUUAUUUAUUUAUUUAUUUAAAAUGCGAUGGAGAAUCGGUGCAAAAAAUAUCCAACUAGCGUUCGGCAGAUGUGAAAUACGCGUAGAACGCCGCUUGCGUGGUUUAGUUUCGGUCAGCAGUGGCGUGGCGUUCUGUGAGGUAGCAGCGUCCGCGUUUACGAUAACGGGUUUUCCGCGUAGCCGUGUAUCCCGAGGACGGCGCGAAACCGCGCUUGAGGUCGAGCGAGUCCAGAAGGACGAGGUCGAGAUGUUUUUUGGGGGAGUCGCAACCGGACGCGAACCGGAUUUAAUUCUGGUGUGUUUGGGUUUUUUUUCUGAAAGAAGUGAAGGGCGCACUAUAGUUAACGGUGACGCCGUUCCGACCCUCGUGGUUUUUUUUUUUUUUUUUUUUUUUUUUUUUUUUCCCCCGAAUACGGUGUCGUGGUCAUGCAUGUUGACUGGAACAACAUCUGGUCUGAGAACUUGUGCGCAUGAACGUAGCUAUGGAGCGGCUAACCAACCAAACGGACGAUGGCUCGUUCGCAGUAACGUUCUCACGUUUACAACGGAGACAAACGUCACACGUUUACGUCCAGCUGGCUGCGGGUUUGGAAACGGACACCGGUAUGAACGUGAACGUUCUUGUAGAGGUCAAACAUGACCUUGUGACACGUGUGCGUCUCUCUCUCUCUCUCUCUCUCUCUCUCUCUCUCUCUCUCUCUCUGGAAGCCUGUUUCCCAGUCCGAAAGCCUCCCGUCCAUCGUGCCCUUCUUGUAGGGCGAGUUUUGAAGACUUCUCCAAGAUGGCCGUCCGACAUAAAGCGGUUCCGUCUUCAUUUCCUCGCAGUCAUGAGGUUUUUUUUUUUUUUUUUUUUUUCUUCCCUUUUUUUUUUUUUUUUUCUUUCUUCUCUCUCUCCCUUUCGCCUUGUUUUUGGCACACGUUUUAUUCUUCUCUUUCUUUCCUUCCUCGUUCAAUCUUUCAUCUUUUGCUGAACGUGUUCGAGACUUUGUAGCUUACACUCCCUUCACUGGGCUGCUUGUUAUUGUACUCACACACGCACGCACACACACACACACACACACACACACACACACACACACACACACACACACACACACACACACACACACACACACACACACAGAGUAAUGGAGAGCUCCGAUACUAUCAGCAGCUGCACAGACGGCACAUCAAAGAGCCGCGGAGGCCUCGGUGCCCGGCCCGAGCGUUCACAAGACGCGAGAACGGAUGGCACGUCCCUCUCUCGACACGCUGGAGAUGGAGCGCCGAUAAACGAUUAGAGAGUUGAAAAGAGAGACUAACUUUAAAAAAAAAAAAAAAAAGAAAAACAAGCAACUUCGAAACAGGUUCAAGUAAAGAACGCGACCAGAUUUUAAUAUCGGACCGCCGCGAGAAAGCCGCACCAGCCGAUCGAUGGGAAAAUCCGACAGCCCCGUCGACCCGCCGAUGAGGCGAUAAGGCACACGCCCUUCCUCGACUCGUUUCUGCCAGCAGCCCAGUUAUGAAAAUAACAAGCAAGUGGAGGAUGAAAGAAGGGGUUAAUUAGGGCUCGAUGGAGUGGAGGUGAAGAGAGACGUUAAUAAAUAGUCGCCGGAGACGUAAAGUGAAAAAGAAAAGAUUAAAUCGUGGGUUGGAGUCAAAAAUGGAUCGGGGGGGGGUGGAGGGAUUAAAGCUGGGAGCUGAAAAGAGGAAAGAAAUUGAGACCAGGAAAUGAGACGGGGGGAAAAAAUAGAAGAGUUGAAAGGAGAAAAGGAGUUGAAGUUCCGAGAUUAGAAAAGAAUCGAGGACCAGUCUAGAGGAAAAAAAAAGCCGAGGCUCUGCAAUGGAAAUAAAUUAAAAAAAAAAAAAAAACCAGAACUGAGAGGAGACGAGGACACGAGGAGUAAAGUAACUGAAGCUCGGAGAUUAGAAAAAGGAAAGAAAUCGAGGCUCAGACACGGAAAGGAUUGAAACUGGGAAACGGGACGGGAAGAUUGGGGAUCGGAAAAGAACCGAAGCUCCGGGAUGAGGAAGGAAGCGGCUCGGGUCUGUGGAACCGAAAGAAUCGAGUGAAAAGAAUCGCGCUUGGUGCUCGGACCCCUGAAAAGGACGAGCGGACAGGAGGAGAACGCCGAGCGCCCGGGGCGGAGGGGAAAACACCGGAGAAAAGAAGUGAGGUUUUGACAAAAAGAGUUGAAUUCAGAGACUGCAAGAGGAAAAAAAUCCGUCUCGGUUUCAAAAAGUGAAAGAAUCGAUGGGGAGAUGAAGGGAGGAAAGGGAGAGAAAGCUGGAAGAGAGAUGGAAUGGAGGAAAUAAGGAGAGAGAAAGAAGGAAGGAAAGGAAGAAAUAAGGAAAAGGAGAAUGGGGGGAAAAAUAGAGAGGAAAAGGAGCGCGAAGGAGAGAAAGAUGGAAGAGAAGGAGAGAAAGAUGGAAGAGAGAUGGAAUGGAAGAAAUAAGGAGAGAGAAAGAAGGAAGGAUGGGAGAGAAAGAAGGAAAGGAAAAAAUAAGGAAAAGGAGAAUGGGGGGAAAAAUAGAGAGGAAAAGGAGCGCGAAGGAGAGAAAGAUGGAAGAGAAGGAGAGAAAGAUGGAAGAGAAGGAGAGAAAGAUGGAAGAGAAGGAGAGAAAGAUGGAAGAGAAGGAGAGAAAGAUGGAAGAGAGAUGGAAUGGAAGAAAUAAGGAGAGAGAAAGAAGGAAGGAUGGGAGAGAGAGAAGGAAAGGAAGAAAUGAGGAAAAAGAGAAUGGAAAAAUAGAGAGAAAAAGGAGCGCGAAGGAGAGAAAGACGGAAGAGGAACGGAAGAAAUAAGGGAAGAGAAAGAAGGAAGGAUGGGAGAGAAAGAAGGAAAGGAAGAAAUGAGGAAAAAGAGAAUGGGAGGAAAAAUAGAGAGAAAACAGAGCGCGAAGGAGAGAAAGACGGAAGAGGAACGGAAGAAAUAAGGGAAGAGAAAGAAAGAAAAGGAAAAAUAGAGCGAGAAAGAAGAAAAGAGAAAAAGAAGGAUAAGUAAAGAAAGAGUUAAAAGUCCGGACGGUGACGAAGGCAGACGAAGAAUCAUCUCGACUCUGAACAGGAGAGUCCAGGCUUGGAGACGGACGAAAAUGAAGAGAGAAAAAGAGCUUCUUUUUUUUUUUUUGUGACCCAGAGAGAAAGAUCUGGUGCUCGGAGGUAGGAGGAGAGAAAGGAGGAAAGAAGGCGCGGAGGAGGGACGAGUGCGCUGUGCGGCUGAAGCGUGAAGGAUCUGAAGGUGAUAUCAGCGGAGAACAUCGGCGUGCCGAGGAUGCCUGGGAUGGCCGCGUACACUCUGUCUGGAAGGAUGUGAAUAGACUCCUCUGUAGGGGUGAUGAUGGAGCGCUCAGGCUUAUGAAGGUGAACGAAAGGAGCGAGAGAUGAGGGCGGCCACAAAAGACGCUCUGUUCUCCUCCGGCUCCUGUUGUGACAGUCGGGUCGCGCUUCGGGAGCGUCGUGUAAACUGUACUGAUCACCAGACCGGCGGAACGGUGCCGUGAAGGGCGUGAUGAGGGUCCGGGGCGUCUGCGUGUCUGUGUGAUUGGUGAAGAUGCAUCCUCUGGGUCUGUGUAAUAAUAACGAUGAAGAGGAUUUGUAUGAGUACGGCUGGGUGGGUGUGGUCAAGCUGGAGCAGCCUGAGCUCGACCCCAGCUGCCUCACCGUCCUCGGCAAGGCGAAGAGGGCGGUGCAGAGAGGGGCUACGGCCGUGAUCUUCGACGUGUCCGAAAAUCCAGACGCCAUCGAUCAACUUAACCAGCUCUCUGAGGACCCCCUGAAGAGGCCGGUGGUCUACGUUAAAGGAGCCGAUGCUGUUAAACUGAUGAACAUUGUAAAUAAACAGAAAGUGGCACGAGCCAGAAUCCAGCAUCGGCCUCCGAGGCCCACUGAGUAUUUCGACAUGGGGAUUUUCCUGGCGUUCUUCGUCGUGGUGUCUCUGGUGUGCCUCAUCCUCCUCAUCAAAAUCAAGCUGAAGCAGAGACGCAGCCAGAGCUCGAUGAACAGGAUGGCCAUUCAGGCUCUGGAGAAAAUGGAGACCCGAAAGUUUAAGGCGAAGGUUAAAGGUCAGCGCGAGAGCAGCUGCGGCGCGUUGGAUUCUCUGAGCAGCAGCUCGACGUCGGACUGCGCCAUCUGCCUCGAGAAAUACAUCGACGGAGAGGAAUUGAGGGUGAUCCCUUGUGCGCAUCGUUUCCACAAGAAGUGCGUGGAUCCAUGGCUUCUGCAGCAUCACACUUGUCCACACUGCAGGCAUAACAUCAUCGAGCAAAAGAAAGGAAACCCUGGCCCCGUGUGCAUGGACCCGGGGAACCCGGGGCUCCACAGUCGGCAGCGAAGUGUGGUUCUCCCUGUUCACUAUCCAGGAAGAGUGCAUCGAGCUGGGCAAGUGACGGCGUUUCCAACUCGUACUAGCAUGGAUACCCACGGGAACCCAAUUACCGUAUUAACAGUGGACCAACAUCCGGAUCAGAACCUUUACCCCUCGCAGUCAAAUUUCAUUCGGAGUUACCAUGGUAUGAACCCUCAUCACUGCACCCUAGAGCAUCGAGCACUUCCUUACCCUCAACCGCAUGCCUUCAAGCGCCCCAAAUUUCCUCGCAACUUCUCUCGUGCCUCUUGUUUCUCGCAGUACGAGACCAUGUAUCAGCACUACUACUUCCAAGGCUUGACGUUUCCCCAGCAGGAAGGUCAGCCCGGCGGCGCGAGCCACAAGGGCCACGCUCGAUCCUUCCAACCUGGACUUCUUUACCCAACUUUGGUGCACAUGGCAGCACCUUCCUCUUCUCGUCUGGUGGACUCUGGAAGCGCUUCGGGGCUCGGAUGUUACCACGGACACGGACGAUCCGUGUGCAGCGGGUAUCUCGCGGAUUGUCCCGGCAGCGAUAGCAGCAGCAGUAGCAGCAGUUCAGGACGAUGCCAUUGCUCUUCCAGUGAUUCCAUGUUGGAUUGCACGGAAGUGAGCAACCAGGGCGUUUAUGGAAGCUGCUCGACUUUUCGAAGUUCUCUCAGCAGCGACUACGAUCCGUUCAUCUAUCGGAGCAAGAGUCCCUGCCGGGGGGCGGCUGGAGAAUCCGCUUCAGGACUCCCGGCGACGUCGUCCGUUAGUGACGAUAUUUUGGCUCCUGUCUCAGGAGGUACAGACUUCGUUCCGCCUCCUGUAGGACCGUGCUACAAUUCGGGGGACCAGCUAUCGAAUUGUAGCGUUGAGCCUAACUGUAGUAGCCACUCGUCACUGGAAACCAGGGAAAUCACUAGCACUACCUCAGCCACAGCCCUAGAGGGAACCGUGGAGCAUUGUGUGGAACAAGGGGCGGCAUGUAGCUGCUGUUUUGAGGUUCCUCCGCCGAAUGUGGAGCGUAAAGGACAGGAAGGAGCAGACGGGGUAGGACGUUGCCGCCGAGGCGCCGAGCCUCAAAGCGUGUCCGUUGCUUCUGCGCAGAACUUUUACGCCGCUAGCAACGAGCUGAUGUCACCCGCCGAGCGUGCUAGCUACGACGGACUGCCUUGCUGCUUCUACACCGAAAUGAAAGUACACCGAGGAAGCGUCGGACGUUACGCCGAGGAUUAUUCCGUAAACGUACACUACGCCCAAACGGACAGCGACGGCUGCUCGGGACAAGGAUGCUGCGAACUCACUCAGCGAAUACCCAUAAUCCCUGAGGACACGGACUGCGAAUUGGGUCUCGUUUCCGAGCCUCAAACAAACCUUCUAACAGGACAGAACAGGACUUCCUUAGACACUAAUCAAGGGUUUUUCACCUCAGGACAAUACAGAGGUCAAACAUAUCAACAGCAACAAGACGAGGAAGCGAGAGCGCUGUUUUCCGCUCAGUUUAAAUUGAGCAAAUCUACAACCGAGGGCUCUGGAUUGUAAAGGGGGAGGGGUUGGGGGUUUUUGUUUAGGGGGGAGGACUAGAACGGUCUCACGAUUACCGAGUUCAUAAGAAUUUGCACGUAUUACGAGUUGUGAACGGCCAGCGUUCAUUCAAGACGGGGGCGGAGUCAUCAGUCAUAGCUUUUCCUUACGAAUCCGGUCGCGAGAGUCUCUGCCGCCGUUAAAAAUCCAUCUCGCACGUCUCGAAGUGUACUCCUGAAACCGAAAUCAUUUCUCUUCGCUCGAAGUGCCGUUUCGUUUUCAGUCGACGCUCUUCAUUCCCGCGGGCUUGAGAAUCUUAGCCACACCAACUAUUUGAAAAAUAAAUAAAUAAAUAAACAACACGCAACACAAGGGGUUUUAAUUCCACAACAGGGUUCAUCGACGUUUAGUUAAUAUUAAAGAAAGCACCUGGCUUGUUCUGGCUACAAUUUGGAAACAUUGUAUUUAUUUAAUUUUUUUUGGGGGGGGGCCACCUUUCACAGCUGACGCUUUAGGUGUACGAGUACUUCGUCGUUUAUAGUUAUUACGGUCAGGACCGCGUGACAUGUCAGCUAGCUAGAUCAUCAUCACUUAGGUAAAUAAAACCAAAAGCGAACGUUUCGGAGGAAGCUGGGCGUGGGCUGUUUCGGGGGGGGGGGCAUUGAACACGUCCGUCACGUCGUCCCAUCUCACCUCGUCCUCUCCUUUCUCUCUCAGGGUCACUGCCUCAUUAGUACAGAAACAGACCAAGAUUAACACUUUUGUUGUUGUUGUUGUUGUUUUAUUAAUACAAGCAGGAGACUACUGAGCUGUCUGUACUAUACACCAAAGUUUAGCUAGUCUCCGACGUGCAGUUCAACAGUUUAUAGAGCAAGAAAUUAUAAUGAGCAGAUUAUUCAACAGUUAGUCUUUUUUUUUUUUUUCUUUUCUUUUCCUUUUAGGAAAUGUUUUGGUUGUUUUUGUUUUUUUUAAAUCAUGAUUUAAAGAACACACGCGUUCACUGUUAGACUGAAAAGGCCAAAGCGUAACGGUUUAAGGAGACACAAAUGCAGUUUUAUUUUUCUCGUAAAGCUCACACACUUUGAAAUUAUAAUUAUAAAAUGACUUCACACACACACACACACACACACACACACACUCGCACACCCAUACACACCUUCAUGCCUUUCUGUUUUUACAGAAUAUUUUAUGCUGUUUCUAUGAAAUGUACCCAUACGGCUUUCACAUUUUGAGGCGGACAUUUUGAAAUAACUUUAUUUAUACAUCGGCUAUUACAGUGCUGUAACACGAAAAGAGUCUAAUCUUGCCUUCCAUAGAGUUAUGUACUGCAAAUGAAUAUAGCAUUUUUUUUGGGGUACUUGUCACUAUUUAAUUAUUAUUUUUUUUUUGUAUUGUUUGUAGCACUUAAGAAGAUUGUAUAAAAGAACCUAUGUACAAAAAUUAAUAUUUUGUAAUUUUUUUUUUUUUUUUUUUUUUAAAGAUAUAAUUAUUUUCUCCAUCAUUUCUCAUUCUUCAGAUGUUCAGCGGGCUAGAGCUUGAGCCGUGUAUAUUUCUGUAUAGCAGCACAUUUUCAUACAUGGAAAUAUGUUCUCUGAAUAUUUAUUGACUAAUAUAUUUAUCUGUAAGCCAUGUCUUAUGUUCAGAGUGUCUGAAGAAGUUUUUGGAGUGUUUUGCUUUGGAGAUCACUAAUAUGAAAACUUUUGUAAAUACAUGGUAAUUGCACACGAGAUGAUUAAAUAUCCUCUGACCAAAAACCGCUUUUAAGAUUUUAGUACUAUACAGUUUUGUAACAAAGUGUACAAAGAUUUGGAAAAAUUAUAUGGUUUUAUUCAA